AUGGCUCAGCAUAAAAAUUCCCGUAGGACGAUACUCUUAGGCGUAGAUGCUAGUGAACACAGCGAGAGAGCCUUAAAUUGUAAGUAAACAAAUCUAACUAACGAGUUAUUUUAAUUAGCUUCUUCUCAAUAAAUAACCAUUUUAUUUUCAAAAUAGGCUUUAAGUUUACAAUUUUGAUGAUUUCCGAGAAGAUUACUUUUGUUGUGGCAUCGAGACGCUGAUGACAGAAUAAGCAAGGAAUAACUGUACAUGUAUUCAAGAUUUUGUUUUGAGGCAAACCGGCACCACUACAUGAGUGAUGUAUACAAACUCUGGGAGUUUUAGCUUUGAUUUGGCACUACAAGAGAUAAGACCAUUUGUUGAUCUUGAAAAUGUAAAGAAGUUUUUAAAAAUGUCAUAAGCAACGACCGCUUUAUUAAAAAGACAUUUGUUAACUCUCAUCUUUUAUACGGCUCUGUAUGCUAGUUGUAAUAUUUCAAUUUCUUCUGUUUUUGGAAUCACUCUUUGCGUUCUUUAAUAUUUAAUACCUCCUAUGCUGUUUAUAUUAUAAAUUUCCAUCACUCCUUUCAUCUUACGGGUGGUUUUCCUUAUAUGGGGUCUCAAACCUUUUGACGACAACUGGUCAAAACGGGUUGAAUACUUAAUUAUGAAGUAUGCAGAAUACUACUCGCGUUCUGAUUGGUUAAGAACCUAUCAACCAUUGCACAAGUAAAAAGACGGAAAACCGCGCUUUACUGCGUUAUCAGUACACAGAAGAGCGAUGAAGUACCCAACUUGAGUAAAUCUUCUAUUGUGGUCAGUAAGAAAAUGAAAAAAGGAGGAAUUGUUGGGCAAAUAAUUAGUUUGAUUUUGAAUCUGAAAUCCUGAAAAAGACAUAAAUUUGCGGUAAGGUCCGGGAAAGGUGUCCAAGAUAUUAACAAUAACAUCAGUAACAUAGAAAAAUCUCCCCUUAGUUUAAGAAUCACUUUGGCAAUUAUUGCCACAAAGAGUCAACCAAACCAGGUAAAAUCUUGUGGUGUUUUAAUAAUUGCUCCAAGGGAAUUUUAGGUAUUAAAAAAUCGAUUUAAAUCAGUUGCUAUAGCACCUGCGAAUUAGCAUAGUUAAUCUGAUUGCAAUUAUUGAAAGUUGUGUUUUGGCAACGUCAAUAUUCCGUUCUUAAUAUUAUUUUUAAAGCUCUUUAGAAAGCUUUUAUGAUUAUUAUAUGCGGGCACCGAUUUUGAUUUUUGAUUCCAACCUCACGAAAAUAAAAUAUGGCAACCGUGUUGUUGAAACAUAUCUUUCAUUAGGGAUUAAACAGUUUACUUCAAAGAAUUGCGCACCGAUUUUAUGAAUUUUCACUUUCGAGUAUUUUGUUUUUAGUUUUUUUAAUCAUGCAUUUAACUACAAAAGUAAUUAGAAUUAAGGUGUCUUCCUAUGAAAGCGUAAAAGACCGCAAACUUAAGUUGGGUACUUGAGAAAUAACCAUUUGAAGUAAUCCGGGAUAUUUAACCAACAUCUCAAAAGUCUUAGGCGUUACUUCAUUUUUUUUAUUUUUUUUGGGAUCUCAUUUACCAAGGGCAUGGAAUGUAGUUAAUUAAUAUCGAUAAGUGUAAUUUUUUCUUUACUUCCUUUACGAGAUCCCCUCGUUUCCUUAAAAAAGCCGAGGGCUCUUGAACCAAGAAUGGUAGCUUGCGAGCAAGCACUCCUAUUUGGGCGAGUGAAGCGAGCUGCGCGAGAACGUGCUUUCGUUGUCCUCUCGCGUGCCUCUCACGCGUGUACUUUUCACGAUAUCCCCCAAUUCCAAAUGGAGAUCUUGCUCGCAGGCUACAAGAAUGCUAACUAUCCUAGGUCGAUUCGUCCCCUUUUCGACAGGCCUGUAGUGGCUCGUCUUCCACUUUAUUUAUUAUUUUAUUUCUUACAGGGUAUAUCAAAAAUUUAUGCAACAAGGAAAGAGAUGAUGUGAUUUUAGUCCAUUCUCAAGAAGAGCCCACCAUUCCAGCUUCAGCAGGGCCUUGUAAGUAAUGCUAAUCAAGAAUCCUGAAUGUGAGUCAAGUUAAUCAAACGAAGAGGAAAAUGGAUGAAUAAAAGUUAAUGAAUAUAAUUCGAAAACCCUUUUGCUUUUUCUUGUUCUUUUUUUUUUGGAGUUUAACGAAGCUGAUUGUUUACAAAACGUUAAUGAAUGGCUCUCAAUGGCCAUUUUUUUUCUCAACGAUCUCUCAGCGUUGUUUAGUCCGAUGAUCAUUUUCGCAAAGAUCGUAAGAGUUGUUUCAUUCUUAUCGCUGUGACUGCUCGUUUCUUCUUUGAUAUAAAUAGAAGGGUUUUGAACUAUUUCACUGCCAUCUUCUUAUCUUUCUUCCAACACAAGCGUCAAUAUUUAGUCCACCAAUCACUUCGCCUCCCUGCGAAAAACGUCAUACGUGUGUGGAGAAACACUGAAAUCACAGAAAUCACUGAAAUCACAUCUGUAAAUCUGAAGAAGGCUGGUAUGACAAGCCGACAUAUUGUUAUAGAAAAACAAUACACUUUGUUCUGAAUCAGCUUUGCAGUAGUCUUUGGACUCAGUUUUCGUUUUUGGUUCUUUAUAUUUUGGCUGAUUAAAUCUCUUCUCUAGAGAUCCAACGUUUACAACUAGCAGGAUCUUCGUCCACGGUUUUUGUAGUUAAUAUAAUCCUUUAUUAUUGAAAUCACAGAUACCGUCCACGCGUGAAACCGGUAACUGAACAGUUCUAUUUCUCCAAAACGACCCAAAGUAAUAAAGAAAUGCUGUGCGUUGCAAUUCAGGGACGAAACAUGUGGAAGAGAAAAAGCACGCACAUUAAACUGAACAAUGGUAACAUUAAAAAAAAAGUUGCAAUCCAAGCUGUAUACGAUAUGCUAAAACAUUUAACACAAAGGAGCAAAGAUACGAGAACAGAAAAUGACUAAAAUCGUCAAACAAAAAAACGCGAAUAAAGAAAAAUAACAUAUAUUAUAUUCUGACAGCUGUCUAAUAAUUAGUUUGAUAGAAGUAAGUAGGCCAUGUUUCAUGCCUUGAGGACAAUGUGCGUACACUCAUACAGGUAGCCACGCCCUUGAGAAAGUACCCAGUUAAGCACAACUAGGUUAAAGGGAUUUCCGUGCGUGAGGAAUUUAAUUGUUUUAUUUCUGUUACUUUAGAUGAUGAUGGUUCUACAUUCUAUGAUGUCUACUUGAAAGAGGUGGGCAAAAAAGACAGACAGACGAAGAAGCUUUUAGAUGGUUUUGGAACAAAAUGCGAACUUCAUGGAGUAUGUGUCAAAUUUUGAAUUUGCUUGAGUUAAGGGAAGAAAACCACACUCUAAUUUAAAUUCAAAUUAUGUUAACAGGUCUCUUUGGUUGGUACAAGUUUGCAUGAGACGAAAACAUAAAACUCAAGAAACAUCUUUAUAUUUGUACCCAGGGUGUUUCAUUCAGAAACAACCAAAUUAUGAACUCAAGCGCAGGUACCAACUCCACGGUAUGGCCAGUACCUUACGCAUGCGCACAUCCACAUCACCCCGGCAGUGGAAGCCAUGGACAGCUGUUUCGCCCUUGUUGGGGUCAUCAGCAUGGCAUAGCCGUCGGGUCAAUAAGCGGGGCUAAAACCGCGUACCAAAGACCCUUUACCGCCGAAGCGAGUGCAAAGCACUCCUUCAAGUGAGCUUCAGUGCAUAAUUUGGUUGUUUCAUUCAGAUAUUGAGAGGGGUAAUCUGUAAGAGAAAAGAUAUGGGAACGAGGUUGCGCUGCAAAUCAAGAAAAGCAUUGGAACAAGAAAAAACAAAACGUUACAGGGCUUUUCAGUCCCUAUUGUGCGAAGUAUACCUGACAGAUAAACUGUUGUCAAAAACAACAAGCAACAAAAAAGCAUCUCCGCUCACAGGCUAGAAAAACGCUUCAGGUAUUUUGCUAAAUUAUGUUUAAUAAAGAUGGCGAUAAAGCUAAAAUGAAAACGAUUAAUAAUAAUAAGAAUAAUAUAGAUUCUUCUUAAGCGCAUUUCUAUCCUCAAUGCGCUUUACAUGAUGAAAGCCUAUUAAAGAUCAUUACAUUUCUAGCCUAUGUGACAUCAUACAUCAAGUAUUGUAAAACUUUAAAAAUCCUUAAAUGUUAAGCAUGGAAAUCAAUUGUGACAUUAUACAUCAAGUAUUGUAAAACUUUAAAAAAAAUCCUAAAAAGUUAAGCAUGAGAAUCACUUGAUUGUAACUCGUUUGUAGGUGAAGUUCGAGACAUACAGUCAAGAAAACACUAAGCCUGGAGAAGUGAUCUGUAAAUUGGCCAAAGAUGUCAACGCAAACCUUAUUGUAAUGGGGUCACGUGGUAUGGGAACGUUACGUCGCACACUCCUUGGAAGUGUUAGUGAUUACUGCGUACACCAUGCUCAUAUUCCGGUGGCAAUAGUCCCGCCUCCAAAUCGCCAUGGCGACCAUGCUCGUUCAAGCUAA